AUGGGCACUGGACGAUCUUUGGUGAUCGAGCAUGCGGCGGUUUGCACAGGGUGGGAUACGAAGAAUCCGCCCGCCGGGUUAAAACGCGAUGGCCCUUCUAUGGUGUUUCAAUUUGUCACGCAUGCAUUUGCCGUCAGCGUUAUUGAUUACCUCGGAACUUUGAUCCAGGGUGGUUAUCUGUGUCUGCCCUCCGAAGGUCAACUUCAAAAUGAUAUGGCCGGGGCCAUUCGGCCCUUGGGGGCCACCGUUAUUACGAUGACCCCGUCUAUCGCCCGCAUUCUAGAUCCGGGCUAG